UUCAGCACCAUGGCUACUAUGACAGAGUCCGCUCCGAUGAUGAUGACUUCGGAAGUCCCCCUGGUCGCCGGGGACAUGCUCCGCACCAUCCGCACUUCCGUUGUUGUGCCCUCCGGCUCUACGCCCUUGUCCUUCCAGCCUAGUGGUGGCCCUUCCAUCAGCGCACACCGCAGGCGGUCCAGCGCUGCCUCCGACAUGGCCAAGGCUGCAGGCAUCGAUCUCGAGGCUGUUUCCAUGGCCGAAGCACGGAAGAUCAUGUCAGAGGAACACAAGGUUCUUGGUUUCCGCCCACCCCAAGGCUCCUUUGCUGCGGAGGUCCAAUCUGUCGCCACCAAGAACCCGGAUGGGAAGCCAGGGAUCCCAGUUGACACUACGAAGCUGAAGGAGAUGGCACGGGAGGAUGCGCUGCGGAUUCUUGCCGAGCGCCGCAAGAGCAGCGGAUCCGAUACUUUUUCGCCUACCUCCAACACGCGGAAGCUCUCGAAUGCCUCGCCAGACAAGCCCAUCAUCCCUGCUCGUGGCUCACCUGUUGACCCGGGCAUUAACCUCGGCACCAUCAAUGCCACCGAUGCCCGCAUCCUGAUGUCCCAUGAGCACCGCGCACUUGGCUUCCGUCCCCCGCCCGGUUCGCUCGCUGCUGAGGCUCAAAGCGCCGCCGCCCGCCACCCCGAAGGCAAUGGCACCCACCUCGACGAAGACACCCUGAAGGAAAUUGCUAUGCGCGACGCGGAGCGCAUCAAGGCCGACCGUGAAGUGAACAUCGUCGGUGAGGUCAACGUCUCCGCCCUCAGCAAAGAAAGUGCAAAUGCCAUUAUAUCUGCCGAGGCCAAGGCGCUCGGUCACCGUCCGCCUGCUGGCAGCCUCGCCGCGCAAGCGCAGAGCGCCGCCGACAAGCAUCCUGCGGGUGGCAGCUUCAGCCCCGCUGGCAACCCCAUCGAGAUGGCCGUCCUCACGGAGGCUGCCGUCAAGGAGGGUGAGCGGCUGCGUGCAGAGGAGGCCAAGGCCAAGGAUGUCCCGAAUGAGGCGGAUUGUAUAUCCUUAUUGACCAAACGUUGCUGUUGUUCCCUCCCUCAUCCCCGCAUCAUACGCAUUAGACUCGCGAUUGAAGACGUCGGAUCCCCAUCGCAAAUGACAGAAACUCCACCCAAGCUUGGCACCCUCGCGUCCCCAACGCUUCCCCGCACGGAGACGGAAGACUCAGUCGAGAUUAUUUGUGAUAUCAUCGCCCUGGUAAUCGCGGAGGCCGAAACAAAUCGUUAUAAAUUACGAGGGCUCGAGAUCUGGCAAGGCCGCGUUCCGACUCCCGAGCCCCCAAAGCUGCACUUCUUCUGCCGCCUCUGUGAGAUGCGUCGUCGUGUCCUCAAAACGCCGGUCAUCGACCCUGCCGUUCUCGCCGACCGCGGGAGGCGUACAGAACACGGGCAGUGCCAACGCAAGCUUGCCUCUCUCCGGUCUUCACCGUCGCACUCAACGUACCUGAACAGGGUCGUUCAGUCCGUCUCGUUCACGAUCCUGUAUUUCGACUUCUUUCUCACGCUUCCCGAGGAAAUCCCUCGGUACUGGAAGGGCCAAAGGGCGCUCCGAGGCGCGUCCCUCUUCUUCUUCCUCAACCGGUACCUGGCCAUUGUGGUCAGCUUCCCGGUCAUAUACGAGUUCUUCUGGAACAUGCCCGAUGCGUCAUUUUUUCGCCCUCGACGCCAUCCACAAUGGACCUCUGACCGCCCUCUGCCGCGUCUAGUGCUCCUCAUGCUCCGGACGUACGCGUUGUACAACAUGAAUAAGCGGGUUAUGUAUGCGCUUUCGGCCGGAGGCGUCAGUGCGGUCGUCGUUUCUCUGGUCAGUUUGAUCUCACGUAUCUGA